AUGGAUCCAUCCAGCGAUGAUCUAGUCGCGACCAAACUCGACUCUCCGCCGGAGGUGUCGCCUGCCCCUGGCACCCCAACCAAAGCCACGAUUUCGAAGCCUACUUCUCCCCCAAGCUCUCUAAACGAACUCCUUGAUGUCGCUUUGAAUUUCCUUGCCACGUCUAGCAAUGAACAAAUACUCGUAUUGCUCGGACUCCUCGUCGUGAUAACCUACCUCGUCCUCGGAAGGAUCGGUUUGAUAUUGAUCGGAGCAGCUGGUGGUGUUGUUCUGCACGCUCACUGGGAAGGCCCCGGUCAUGCGCGGGAAGAUAAUGCCGUGGUAACGACAAAACGACGCGAGUUGGCCCUAGAGGUCUCCAAGCGGCUGCUGGACUGGAAUCCGCGCCCCGUUUCUCCUUUGCCCGAAAGUGAACGGGAAGGGGUCCUUACAAUCACCCCAGAGGGACUUUCUACAGCAGAUCUCGAAUACGCGACGUUUCGACCAGAGACAGCGGCUGGGUUAAGAUCACUAACGAAUGCGGUCGUUCAUGACUAUGUAAGAUGGUGGUAUUCGCCUAUACUACCUAAUGAAAACAGCUUCCCAGACUCUUGUCGUCGGACCUUGACCCAUUUCGUGACAAACAUUUCGUCCCACCUUGCGCGCAAACGAACGGAAGAUACGUUCCUCCAAUUCCUCACCAAUUCAUCUUCUAUCAUCAUCGUGUUCCUGAACGAACUUGCCGCCGCAUUUUCUGCCACGGGGUCAUCCUCUGAUGCUCAGCAUGUUGUGGAGCAAUACCUCCAGAACUCUCCGGAUAGCAGCCUCGCAAAUGUCUUAUCACAGGAACAGCAGAAAAAGAAACUAAACAUGGUUGCAGACGACAUUUUAGCACACUAUCUGGAUACAAAGGCAUACGCCUGUCCUCCCGUGAGGGACUUCCUCAGGGAAGUUUUGGCAGGGCUGAUUCUCGAAUCCACAGUCAUUAGUCUUGCACGCCCGGAGUUUAUCAAUGAGUGGAUUGUUUACUUACUUCAGGAUGGCGAGUCAGAGAUCAUGCAUGCCAUCGAUGCUGGCGUUGAGGGCGCGGGAGUCGGUGUGUCCAAGGCUUCCGAAGACUCGAAGAAUGCGCUGCCCGAACCAUCAAGGGAAGAUAAACCCCAGGCCCGCCUUGCCGUUGAGAAUUCAGCCGACCAGCUUGACAAGGCUGAACAGGAGGCACUGGUGGAAGCCAAACGUUUAAGCGCCCUAAUCGCCUCCCACGAUGCACCAAGUGUGUCCACUGAGCCUAUCAAGAACUCCAGCCUGUCGGAAUUAGACAGCAAUGCCGAGCCAUCAUCGAAAUCCAUUCUUGAAACCGAAAAAACUCUCUCGGGGGCGACAGAUCCAGCCCCGUCAGACUUGAAGGUCCCCGAGCACGAUCAUUCUACGCCGCCAGUAAGGCUCCAUGGUGCCUAUGUUUCUGUGGACGACGAUGCCGGGCCCAACGAUAAAGCCGUGCUCAGAUCCCGACCUAAUUCGGACUAUCUCCUCCAAGUAGAGCCGAGCUCCGCUGGAUCAACGGGUUGGAUGGUGUUCCGGAAGUACGCUGAUUUUCAGUCGCUGCAUGAAACACUCGAGACAGUGGCACGACUGAAUCAAAUCAAAAGUUUUUCAGAUCAAUAUCCUACGCUGCCAGAUUGGAAGGGCAAAACAAGGCAUGCUCUUGCUCGAGACUUGGAACGAUAUUUACACGAGGCUAUGAAACAUGAAUCACUGGCAGAAACACAUCGGAUGCGUCGGUUUCUGCAGAAGCAAACCAACGUCAAUGAAAUAAGCACUCCGAAAACUGGUUUCUCUUUCCCCACCCCGUCUGCGUUCGAAAACAUGGGCAAGGGUGUUUUGGGGGCAUUGACAAAUGCCCCCAAAGGAGUCGCAGGGGGUGGAAAAGCCGUAUUCGACGGCGUGACUGGAGUUUUUGGUGGUGGCCACAAUAAAAAGCCUACCAACUCGCCGGACACGCAGUCUCUGCACCGGAAAAGCACAUCGAAAUCGGAGCAGGAGAUCCUGGGAUCUACCUCCAGAAGCAGUCUUGAUCAAAAGCCUCUUUCCCAGACUUCUCCAUCGGCCUCUUCUUUUGGAUUUCCCAGAUCAGAACCCCCUCAGUCCCCUCUGAUCAGUGGAAUCAGUAAUGAUACCGACUGGUCGUCGGUCGAGCCGAACGCUUGGGCAUCGGAAUCGUCUACUCUUGCUAAGUCAGAGGAUCGGAAAUCCCUGGAGUCUAAUGGGAUUGUGGAAACCAGCUCCAUUGAGGAAAAUAGUGUUCCAGUUUCAUCGAAGCCACCCGCAGAUACAAGAGUGACCGGCGAGUCACGUCUGCCCUCACAAGACACCGCUCGUUCCAAGAACCCUAUUACGUCAGACGAGACUCAGAUCGCCGUUGAGUUGAUUUUUGCCGUGAUCAACGAGCUUUAUACUUUGUCCUCGGCCUGGAAUAUCAGACGCACUUUAUUGAAUGCAGCAAAAUCAUACAUUUUGCGCCCCGGGAGUCCGACUCUCAAAACGAUUCGUGAUCUACUACAAGAUUCUAUGAUCGAAAGCAACACAUCUGACGAAGCUCUCGGCGAAUAUUUGAAGAAGCUCCGGAUCAAUGCCCUCCCCACAGCGGAGGAAUUGAAAGAGUGGCCCCCGCCACCUAGCGACGAAGAAAAAGAGCAACUUCGACAGAAAGCGCGUCGACUGUUUGUGCAACGAGGUAUCCCUCAAGCGCUUACGAGUGUCAUGGGGGCCGCCGCUAGUCGAGAAGCGUUGGAGAAGAUCUUCGAUAGUCUCCAAGUGCAAACUGUCGCCCGAGGCUUUGUAUUUUCCCUUAUGCUGCAAGGACUGAAGGUUUUAACGCUGUAA